UUUGUUGCAUUUAUAACAGGCGCAUUUGGUGUGUUUAGUGUGUUUAAUCAUGCAGUGUACAGGUGGCUGCGUCAGCUGACCUGCACGCGUUGCACGCCGGCAGGUCGCGCGUCGCUCCGGCGUCGCGCGCCUCACCUGUCAUGGAGGAAAACAGCUCCCAUGUUCACUGUUACGUAUCCCUGUGACGUCGCGACAGGCGAAACAUUACUUAAGCGACUUUUAUCGCUCACACCAACGCCGGACGGACGUCGGAUCAUCAGAUAAACUCACCGGGAGGAAAAGAAAAGACCACAUAUGGCUCUCAGAGGUGCUGUCACCCGUCUGCUCACAAACAGCCAGAAAUGUGCUGCUGUCACUGCGUCCAGAGCCCAGGGCACAGCUGCCACCGCCUCGAAAGAUGCAGAAGAAAUCAAAAAGCCGGCAAAGUCACCCAAGGUGCCAUUCAGCUGGCGGGACGCCCUCGAUCUAGAGGGUCGGCUGACAGAGGAGGAGAUCAUGAUCCGGGACUCCUUCCGUGACUACUGCCAGGAAAAACUCAUGCCCCGCAUCCUCAUGGCCAACAGACAUGAACAUUUCCACCGUGAGAUUGUCUCAGAGAUGGGGGAGUUGGGCGUCUUGGGCCCAACUAUUAAGGGGUACGGCUGUGCAGGCACUAGCUAUGUGGCAUACGGCCUGAUUGCCAGAGAGGUUGAGCGAGUGGACAGCGGGUAUCGCUCGGUCAUGAGCGUCCAGUCUUCCCUGGUCAUGCACCCAAUCAAUGCUUACGGCACAGAGGCCCAGAAGGAGAAGUACCUGCCCCGGCUCGCUCGCGGAGAAAUCCUGGGCUGCUUCGGCUUGACAGAGCCCAACCACGGCAGCGAUCCCAGCAGUAUGGAGACCAAGGCCAAAUACAACCCGUCCAGCGGCACCUUCACCAUCAGUGGAGCCAAGACCUGGAUCACAAAUUCCCCCGUGGCAGAUAUCGCGGUGGUGUGGGCCAAGUGUGAGGACGGCAGGGUGCGGGGUUUCAUCUUGGAGCGUGGAAUGAAGGGUUUUGAAACCCCCAAGAUUGAGGGCAAGUUCUCGCUGAGGGCGUCCGCCACUGGCAUGAUCCUGAUGGAUGAAGUGGAAGUUCCCCAGGAGAACCUGCUGCCCAACGUCUCUGGUCUGGCUGGUCCCUUUGGCUGUCUGAACAACGCCCGGUACGGCAUUGCAUGGGGAGCUCUGGGAGCCGCUGAGUUCUGCUUCCACGCUGCCCGUCAGUACACUCUGGACAGAAUCCAGUUCGGGGUGCCACUGGCCAGGAACCAGCUGAUGCAGAAGAAAAUGGCUGACAUGCUGACUGAGAUCACCCUAGGGCUGCAGUCAUGUCUGGCCCUGGGAAGACUUAUUGAUGAAAAGAAAGCAGCACCAGAGAUGAUCUCCCUGCUGAAGAGGAAUAGCUGUGGCAAGGCUUUGGAUAUUGCCAGACAGGCCAGAGACAUGCUGGGAGGAAAUGGCAUCGCAGAUGAGUACCACAUUAUCCGUCACGUCAUGAACCUGGAGGCCGUCAACACAUACGAGGGAACUCACGACAUUCAUGCCUUGAUCCUGGGCAGAGCCAUCACUGGACUGCAGUCUUUCACUGUUGACAAGUAAAGGUUCUCCACCAUCUUCUUGAAAUGGACUUGAUGUGGAUUUGUACAGUACUACAUGUUCAUCUGGCCUCUGAGAAACACAGCCUCACUUGGAAAGGUCAUACAGUAUGUGUAGAAACAUGAGGUGGACUUCAUCUACCUCACACUAGGAGCUUUGCCUGGUGGGACAGAUUACGAAUACCUGAUUACAUUUAUAUCUCUUCAAACUACUGAUAGGAGACAAUUCUCACUGCCGCUGUUCGGCAUCUUCGGUGAGUAUGUAAGGUCAAGCUAACAAAGCAACGGGUCCAACUGUCAUGGCAUUUUUACAGUUAAGACGCAUUAAAUAUACUUUAGAUACUGAUUGGGCAGGUGCAUGUAAAAGUUUUGGCAUUAUGACUUGGUUUAUUUUGUGAUAAUUAAAUAUGUAAAUAAAUGGCUUUGAAUGAGUGAGAAGAUGUGAGUGAGUGUAGCUGAGAUCCGGUGUACUCAAUUCAAAUGAAAUUAUCUCCUGUUGUCAUUUAAAUAGUUUAGUUAGUUAGUUACACAAAGUACUACAAUGGGGCAAUGUGAUAGGUACCAACUAUAAAAUAUUAACCCUUGACAGUGAAAUAAUAUGUUUUAUUUUUGUUGACUAAAUCAACAGAUAGCAAAACUGAACAUAAAACAUUGAUUUGUUUUUUAAUUAUGAGCUGAAGCCUGAACUACUGUUCCUAAAACACAGCUAAGACACAGUUAACUGUGCAUUCUUAGAAAAAGGGAAAACCAGAAGAAGUUAUCUAGAAAAGUUAACUGUUCUGAACACUCAAUAUAAUAUUAAACAAAAGAACAUAUUACUUUAGAGUAACACAUGAACUAGUUCAAAACAGUGUGCACAUCAGAAUAAUAACUAGUGUGUCAGGGCUCCGAUGUCUGGCUGAUGGCCAGGCCCUCUCUGAGCCCUGCCAGCGCCCGGCUGGCUUCCAUGAGCUCCUUGUUGAGCUUACUGCAGCUCUCCAGCACCUUUGACAACUCCUGCAGCUUCACCUGCAUCUCAUUACCGUUCUCUUCAUAAACCGUGUACAUGUGAUCCUUCAUCUGCUGGCACAUCUGUGUCACCUGCGGAAUAAAAUGUGGGGUUGAAAAAAAAUUCAGACCAUUGACCACAGUAGAACACUUGGACAGGGACGCAGAACAAGAUACACAGUGAACUACAAGUGAAUAUGUAUCACUUUACAAUCCAUGAAUGAAGUGCAUUCGAGCAAGUAUUUAGUAAGUAUGCACACAGUGGUAGACUGCAUCAUGAUAAAGAACAGACCCACAAACAUGACUACAUUUUUCUACCUUCUCCGUGAACUUCUCCUGAAAGCUGUCCAUCACGUUCUGGUCACUGGUGCGGCUGUCGUUAAUCUUUUCUACCAAAUCCUGCACUCUUCUGCUGAUGUCAUCUAUGCUUGAACUACAAUUGAUACUGGGAGGACUGGUCAUCCUGGGUAAAGUGGAAAGCACUGCUCCAAGAAAAUGUAGCUACCACAUGAAUAAUCACUUUAAUUAAUGAUGGGCUGGAUUGAGUAGCUAAUUGUGUACCUGGCAUGUUGCUCCUGAAUCUCAGUCAUGCUCACACUCAAGGACUUCCCUCUUCUUGAAUCUGUGUCUCCUGUCUGUAUUACAGAGGACAAAGAAAAAAGCAGCUAUGAACUCUUCCAUCAUCACCUGGUGCACAAUGUUCAUUUACUGUACAAGUGUGACUUCACAGAUCCCUAAAAACAGGGCCCACGGAUUGUUUUUUUAAUCUUGUGAGAACAAAAUGCUAACUUUGGGAAAUAAACUGUCAUCUGGGACAACAUGG